AUGACACCCAUCAGCUCAAUUGGAAAUUACAAUGAUUACUUACAAUCCAUCAAGAAUUGGGAUGCUUAUUCAUCUCAAGAACAAGACCAAUUAAGGAAAUGGUAUCGUGAAUAUUAUUCUCAUAACAAGGAAGUUGAACGAAAACGUUACAAAGACUACUAUGCCUCAAAUGCAGAAGCCGAAAAGGAAAUAUUGAAAAAAUUGCUGAGACUUGUUGAAAUAACCAUUUCGCUUCCAGUUGCUGCACCUUCGCCCACAGGUUUCUCCUCAAACGAAUGGAAGCUAGAUGGAGAUUCGCUUGGUUCAGAUUUACUUUCUCGAUAA